ACUGCCGGAGGAACUCAGUGGGUCGGGCAGCAUCUGUGGAGGGAAAUGGACCGUCAACAUUUCGGGCCGAGACCCUCCCUCUGGACUGAGAGUGGACGGGAAAUAGUCAGAGAAAAGAGAUUAUCGCCAGCAGGAGGUGCUUUCUUCCACCCAGACAGCACACAAGCAGACGACUAUCAACCAACGUCAGUCAGAGUCAGAAUGGACACAGAUCUGAACUCUGCAAUCUCCGCCUUCCUGUCAAAUUGUGAGGAUCACCAACUGUUCCGGUUGACGAGAUUCUACAUGGAGCGACUGGAGCAGGCGAUUGAGGAGGGAGUGGAGGGAGUCGGCUUCAUGUUAAUGGGCGAGGAUCACUUCACCGGGCCAGAGUAUCACAGCGUGACUGAGCUGGCGGAGAAGGGAAACCGAGCGGGCGCUUCCAAACUCCUCCUGGAUCUGGUGAUGGAGAAGGGCUCCGGGGCCCGGAGGGUGAUGUGGGAAUCCUUUGUGAAACUACACCACCAUUUACUGAAGCUGAGCAGAAUAUUGAAGGAAAUACGGGAACGUGGUGACGGCCAGUUCGUCUACAUGGACACUGAGCGGGGUUUAUCUGAAGUGCCCGCGCAUCUGAAAGAUGUUCAACAGAAACACAAGGAGACUCUGCGGGUACAAAGUGAAACACUGAGAGUCAACACGAUCCUGAUGAGGGAGAAGGUGAAGGUUUUCCAGCUGGUUGAUCGAUACGCUGAGCUCACGAUCAUUUCUACUAUUCGAGAUCGGAGACUGGUGGAACAUGAGCUGCUGGCAAGAGGCAGAGACCACGAGGAGUGGAGAGAGAAACAUCUCCGCAGAGAGCUGGAGAAAAUUGGGAUUGCUCAGCUGUUUCAGAAUAGUUACUCGCAUAGUUUUUGGGACAACAUGAAAAGAUUCUUCACACGAUCAAAUUCGGGAUGUUCGGCAGCAGUGGCCGGAGUCCCGGGGAUCGGGAAAACAACAAUGGUUCAAAAGAUUGUUUAUGACUGGGCCACAGGGAAAAUAUACCAAAAAUUCCAGUUUGUCUUCAGUUUCAAAUUCCGAGAUUUAAACUCCAUUAACUGCAGAAUAAACCUGAGGGAACUGAUUCUGGAUCAGUAUCCUUACUUCGGGAAUUGCCUGAGAGAGGUCUGGAAGAACCCAGAGGGAUUGUUGUUUAUAUUCGAUGGUUUGGAUGAAUUCAAGCACAGAAUUGAUUUUGCUGACAGUCAGAGAGAUACAGAACCCAAGCACCAGUGCCCAGAUCCCGAGUGGUGGUGUGAAGUGUCUGACAUUGUGUACAGUUUAAUCCAGGGCAAGCUGCUCCCAGGGUGUUCAGUGCUGGUGACCACCCGUCCCACUGCGUUACAUUUAUUGGAAAAGGCAAUGAUCAGUCUCUGGGCUGAAAUCUUGGGAUUUGUUGGUGAGGAACGGAAAGAAUAUUUCAUCAGGUAUUUUGAAGAUCAGAGGGUGGCAGCAGCUGUUUUCAAACACGUGGAGGAGAACGAGAUCUUGUACACCAUGAGCUACAACCCCUCCUACUGCUGGAUCCUCGCUCUGGCACUGGGCCCCUUCUUCACACAAAGAGUCAGGGACCCGCAGCGAGUUCCCAAGACCAUCACCCAACUGUACUCCUACUAUAUUUACAACAUCCUGAAAAACCACGGCCGUGAGAUUGAGAACCCCCGUGAUAUGUUACUGAGAGUUGGACAGAUGGCCUUCAGAGGAGUGUCCGAGAAGAAGAUUGUGUUUGCAGAUGCAGAUUUGAUCAACUACAAUCUGCAGCCUUCCCAGUUCCUGUCCGGGUUCCUGAUGGAGCUUUUGGAGAGAGAGGAUUCUGCCCGGAGCGUGGUGUACACAUUCCCACACCUCACCAUCCAAGAGUUUGUAGCUGCUAUCGCACAAUUCCUGAAUCCACAUCCCGGGGAUAUCCUGAAAUUCCUCACUGAAGCCCACAACACGACAGAUGGGCGAUUUGAGGUGUUUCUCCGUUUUGUUGCUGGUCUCUCCAACCCAAUGACAGCUCGUGGCCUGGAGGAGUUUCUGGGCCCAUUUCCUCAUCAAACAACCUGCCGGGUGAUUGACUGGGUGAAGGAGGAGGUUAAACGCCAGAGUGGAAACACAGAGAGUGAAGCUGGUAAAAGGAGCUUUCUGAACACAUUGCACUACCUGUUUGAGUCUCAGAAUCGUGGGCUGGCUCAGGCCACACUGGGAUCUCUUUCAUUCAGUGGAAUGACACUGACGCCGAUUGACUGCACGGUCCUGUCUCAUGUCAUCGGACUCUGUGAUACAAUAAAACACCUGAACCUAGAGAGCUGCCACAUUCAGUGUGAAGGAAUCCAGCGGCUGGGACCCGGGCUGCACAAGUGCCAGGAGUUGAGCCUUGGAGAGAAUAAACUGGGAGAUUCAGAAGUGCAACUGGUGUCUGCAGCUCUGAGGAACCCGGAGUGUAAAAUACAGAAACUGUGGCUGGACAAUGUCGGUCUCACAGAUUCUAGUGUCGAGGAUCUCAUCUCCGCUCUCAGUACAAACCCAUCACUGACGGAGCUGGACCUGAGUGGUAAUAAACUGGGAGAUUCAGGAGUGAAACUGGUGUCUGCGGCUCUGGGGAACCCGGAGUGUAAAAUACAGAAACUCGAGCUGAGGGAUGUCGGUCUCACAGAUUCUGGUGCCGAGGAUCUUGUCUCCGCUCUCAGUACAAACACAUCACUGACGGAGCUGGACCUGGGUGGCAAUAAACUGGGAGAUUCAGGAGUGAAACUAGUGUCUGCGGCUCUGAGGAACCGGCAGUGUAAAAUACAGAUAUUGUGGCUGUACCGUGUCGGUCUCACAGAUUCUGGUGUCGAGGAUCUCGUCUCCGCUGUCAGUACAAACCCAUCACUGACGGAGCUGAACCUGGGAUCAAACUCGCUGACAGACCGAUCUGUCCCCGCUCUCCGCCGCCUCAUACUGACCCUCCCAAGUCUGAAACGGAUCCGGCUGGAAAUGAAUCGGUUCAGUUGGACCGGGAAGAAGGAACUGAGAUCUCUGCAGGAACCCAGGCCCGGACUGACAGUGACCGUGUGAACAUCUGAAUGUGUGAACACUCACAACACGUGGAGGAACUCAGCAGGUUGGGUAGCAUCCGUGGAAAAGAAAACUAUCGGGGAAUGAGUUUACAUGGUCACAUCGACAGACUAAAUUACUGAUAUUCGGUGAAGACCCUGGAGCUGGGCAUUGAGGGACGUUGAUCUUUUCCAUGGAUCCUGCCCGACAUGCUGAGUUCCUCCAGCGUGUUGUGAGUGUUGCUUUGACCCCAGCAUCUGCAGAUUAUUUUGUGCAUGAAUGUGUGAACAUCCCCGCCCGCGGGAGGGGACACUUUGCCCGAUUCCCCAGCCUCCCCUUUAACGGCCGCACAGCAGAUUUAAUUCUCAAUGGUUCUAAAGGAACUGGCUCCCGUCUCGCGCACUUUGACAACGGAAGCGGUCCCGCAGUGACGUAUUUCCGCCUGUUAUCCAGCGACACUGCUGCCGCCGGAAGUGUGGGUUCGAGUCUUCCCCACGUGAGACCCCGGGGAAUUCCAGAGACAGGAAGAUCCUGAGGAUGGCGGGUUUCAGCCUGGGACACCGGUGUCCCGGGGUGGGAUUAUCCCGGGAGAGAAUCCUUUUGCUCCCUUUGCUGAGGACGGUGCAUUCGGCAGUCUGGCUGAUAUAAUGGUGUUAACUUGACAAAUGCAGCGAUCAGGGACACAUGUUGGCGCGUGGCCAAGGGUUAAGGCAUUGGACUAGUGAUCUGAAAGUCGCGAGUUCGAGCCUCAGCAGAGGCAACGUGUUGUGUCCUUGAGCAAGGCACUUAACCACACAUGCUCCUGCACAAGACACUGCCCUGAAUUGUGAUUUCAUAACCAUCGACUCUCGGAUGCAGAGUGGUGGUGAGGAACGGGACUGAUUAUUCAACCGGUCACUCGUUGUUAAUUGUGUGUGUCUGUGAGUGAGUCGGGCGUCCUUUAUUUAUUCCCGCACGUCAGCAGCUCACACAUUGUUUAAUUUACAUUUGUCAUGAUGAAAUCAAUAAACAACUGCAACUUUC